UCACACAGGAGACGACAGCACAGCCAAAGCGCGAGCGCGGACGAGCAAAGGGCUGCGCGAACGAUGCCCGAGCAGCAGCCCCGCAGCCAGCCGCGGGACGCCGAGGCCGCCGUCGGAGCUUACGCCCCGCUGCUCCGCGAGAUGAUGCUUGAUGGGGACACAAAGAAGAAGUAUGGCGUGCCGCCCGCGGAGUGGUGGUUGUUCACGAGCACGAAAGUAAGGAACCCCCACGUCCCGCGCCACGCGCGCUGCGUCGCGGCGACGGACUUUUCCUACCUGACGGAGAUCCGCGCGCAAUUCGAGCAGGGCGACAAGCGCCGCGACUUGUACGUGGAUGGCGAGGAGUUCGGCGCGUCGGCCAUGGUCCAGUCCGUGCGGAAAGAAGGCCCGUCCGGCCUCAAGUCGAAGUGGUGCCGCCAGAUCACUCCAUUAACACCGCCGCAGAACGACCGCUACGAAGAUUUAGUUGGAUGCGUCCUUAUUACGGGCGGCGCCGGCGGCUUGGGACGGCUCCUGACGGACUACUUGUUGCACUACUACCCGAACUGUUCUGUCGCAAUCGCGUCGCGGUCGGCGAAGGAGACCGACGAUCCCCGGAAGAAGUGCUACGCCUGCGAUGUCUGCGACGAGGACGAUGUGCGACGCGUCUGCGACUCUAUUGAGGAUUUAGUGGGCGUGAUCCACUGCGCCGGCGUGACGUACGGUGGGCCCUUCGCCGCGACCAAUGAAACGGACUCGAAAUUACUGUUUGACAUCAAGUACUGGGGCACGCGCUACCUCUACAAAGCGACGCAGGACCGUUCUUUGAGAUUCUUCUGGCUCGCGUCGUCCAUCUCCGCGGCCGUUGGCGUGCGCCCCAGGGUCCCCCGAAUCGUCGCGUCCGACAUAUGCACACGCAGGACUUCAACCUGACGCACUACGCGGCAGCCAACUCGUCGAUGGACUGGUUCGCCGAGGACUGUCGGGCCAAGGGCGAUGUGAACGUCAUCAGCACGCAGUGGGGCGCGCUGGCGACGGAAGGGGGCAUGGCGCUUGAGAACACGCGCAAGCUCAUGGACCAGCGCGGCCACGGCGUGGUGAGUCCGGAGCAGAUGGUCGAUUUGAUGGAGAUUGUGAUUCAUCAAGCCUCGGAUCUACCGCCGGUCGUGCUGUGCUCGCCCUUGAACCUCGACAAGUGCACGUCGGGCAAGCCCGAGCUUGCUGAUUCUAUGUCCUGGUGGGUGGGGGAUAGGUUCGACGUCUAUGUGGAUGCGCUCAAGGCCAAGGAGCUCGACCGCUUAUCAAAACCCUGGACCUGGCCGGACAUCGAGGCGCUCGAGGCGAAGUACGGCUGCAUCGAGGGCUACACGACGGCGAAGCAGAACGCGGCGGCCGGGCUGUGCAAGUGGUGAGACCGACCCCUUUCCCUCCCCCUGUGCUAACGUUUUCCCUUAUGA